AUGCACGGCUCGACUGGCCAACUGCUCUACCAAGGAGCCGUUUUGGCUGCCAGCCAAAAUAUUGUUGUCGUGUCUGUAGCAGUUCGUCUCGGUGUUCUGGGCAACUUCUACUGGCCGUCCAAGGCGCCGGGCAACCAGGCGUUGCUGGAUCUUCGACUAGCUCUCGACUGGUACCGAAACAAUUCGGUGCGCGCAUUCGGCGCCCGAGCGGACGGAGUGACGCUGGCUGGACAUUCGGCAGGAGCCGUUUUGACCAGUUUGUUUGCCAGUCAACGCGACAACCGAGACCUCUUCUCGCAGAUCGCCCUUUUCAGUGGGGGACACCUCUUCUCGAGGUGGGGAACGAUGACGCAUCAGACAGCUUUAGCCAAGUCGGAGAUGGUGAGUGGGCAACAUAAGAUUGAUGUACAAAUAAAAUAUGAAGUCUAUUGA